AUGGCGUCUCCCUCCGAGAGGGACUCGCGCAGGCGCGGCUCUUCCGACGAGCAGAAAUCUUCUCAGAGCUCGUGGUUUCCAGUGGCUGUGGGCACCGCUUUGGGCGCCCUGGCGGUAGGGGCUGUAGGCUGGUUCCUGUACCAAGACGCGGAGAGCGAGAGAGAACGAGCUGCCUUCGAACGCAGGCGCCUGCUCCGUGAAGAGCAGCAGCGAGAGCGCGAGAGAGAGGCCGUCAGUGCCCGCGGAGGCACACGCUCAGAGAGCUGCAGAGAGACGCAGCCGCCGGAGACCGUUACGGAGAUCAGCACAGAAGCCAGCACGGAGGCAGAAGAAAGGCAAGUCCCCGCAGAAGGCGCGUUUCCCGCAAGCAGUCACAGAGGAAAGCGCGCUGACGAGCGGUGA